AUGACUGGCAACGACGACUUUUAUGCAUUUGACGAUGAAUCAUUACUACGAUCCAGGAACAGCGUUAAUGAUGGCAGAUUGCAGAGAGGCGAUUCGUUAGUGAGAAGAGAACGGAAUGAUUUCACUGAUCCAGACAAUCCGCACCACUAUUACGCGCAAAAAACGCAGGAACAGCGUGCAAAGGGUCAGGUUCAAGUCCAGGAGUCCAUUCCGCUCGAAGAAAUGAAUCGCGGCAAAAAAAAACGGAACCAUCGAAAACACAAAACACGCAAUCUCUUUCGUUUUGGCAAAUCUAUUGCUAUAUUAUCACAUUUUGGGCACCGGCACCGUUGCUGUCGUUAUUUGGGAUGCCAAAAAAGCAGCGUCAGUUUGCCUGGAGAGAAAAGAUCGCCCUUUUAUCGGUCAUCUUGUAUGCGGGCACUCUUGUUGCGUAUCUGACGUUUGGUUUCACGAAAACUGUCUGCAGUAAUCAGACCCUACGCUUGCGCAACAAUGAGGUCUCGCAAAGCUAUUUGAUAGUCAACGGGCGGUCCUACGGCUUGGACUCUUCGUCUCAUCCUGCAGCUGCAGGCAUCGACGCGGGUACCAACGUAUUGUAUCCACCUAUAAAUGCAGGAAGUAUGGAUGGAAGUUUUCUGUUUCAAAACGUUAACGGAAAUUGCAAAGGGCUCAUAACGCCAAAGGAAAACUGUAGCAUUCCCUAUGAUGACGACGAAAACUUGGCUUGGUAUUUUCCUUGCAAAUUGAUUGCACAGGACGGCUCAACAGAGCCAAACUUCACCGUGAGUGAAUACUAUGACGGCUGGGCGUGCCAUACCUCUCAGGAAGCCCGCGAUGCUUACUAUUCGCUCAAAGCCGCUGCCGAUGUCUAUUUCACUUGGGAAGACGUCAAAAACUCAACUCGCAACCUUGUAGUCUACAAUGGCCAUGUUCUUGACCUGAACAUGCUCGACUGGCUACAAACGGAUGAUCUUGACUAUCCUCCGCUAUUCGAUCAAUUGAAAGACUCGAAAUUGCAAGGCUAUGAUAUUUCGCUGGUUUUGUCAGACUCUUUCGAAAAAAAAGCAGCAAGGUGUUUGUCAGAGAUAAUUAAGGUUGGUGAAAUUGAUACGUCGACCAUUGGGUGCCUUGCUUCCCAAGUGGUUUUGUACAUUUCCCUUGUUUUCAUCCUGGCCGUUGUCUUCGUGAAAUUCUUCAUAUCGUGCUAUUUCCGGUGGUUUGUGGCCAGAAAGCAAGGCGCUUACACUGUAAGCAAUAAAAGCAUGAAACAACAUGCCAACGACAUCGAGGACUGGUCCGAAAAUAUCAACGCAAGAGGCCCAAUCAAAAAGGUUGAUCACAAUAUGAGGCCACACGGUCAACGUAGGGUCUCCGCGUUUGAUCUCAUAAAACGUAAUUCUAUGAUGCUUCUCAAUGAUGAUGCUGGCUUCAAGGACCCCCAGGAUAAAUUUCGUGGAAUGACAACCAUGACCACUCAAUCGCUUCUGAAGUCGAACGUUCAAACUGAGGGCCAGGUUGGUGCGGAUUUUCAAUCUCCGUUCACAAACGACUUGAUCUCUCCAUCAAAUACUUUGGAGACUUUAGAUCCAACCAUUAUUCACCCAGACGUUGUAGCACAGCCUCCGGCAGAUUUCAUGCCCAAUGGAUAUCCUCUCGUGCAUACAAUAUGUUUUGUAACUUGCUACUCCGAAGACGAAAGUGCCAUUCGAACCACUUUAGACUCUCUCGCUACAACAGAUUAUCCAAAUUCUCACAAAUUACUAAUGGUGGUUUGUGAUGGUAUCAUUAGCGGAUCUGGUAAUGCUCUGUCGACACCAGAUAUUGCGUUGGGAAUGGUUGAAGACUUUGUUGUUCCACCAGAAGAAGUUGAACCUCAUUCUUAUGUUGCUGUCGCAUCUGGUUCGAAGAGACAUAAUAUGGCCAAGGUCUACGCCGGAUUUUACAAAUACGACGACUCCACGAUUGAACCAGACUUGCAGCAAAAAGUUCCCAUUGUAGUCAUAGUGAAAUGCGGCACACCGGAUGAGCAAGCUUCGGUCAAACCUGGAAACAGAGGUAAGCGUGAUUCUCAAAUUAUUUUGAUGUCAUUCCUGCAGAGACUCACUUUCGAAGAACGUAUGACAGUUUUCGAGUACCAACUGUUGAAAAAUAUAUGGCAAAUUACUGGACUCAUGUCGGAGUUUUAUGAGCUAGUUCUGAUGGUUGAUGCCGACACGAAAGUUUUCCCCGAUUCAUUGACUCACAUGGCUGCUGAAAUGGUCAAAGACCCAGAAAUCAUGGGUCUUUGCGGAGAAACUAAAAUUGCAAAUAAAACCGAAUCGUGGGUAUCAUGGAUUCAGGUGUUCGAAUACUUCAUAUCUCAUCACCAGGCAAAAGCUUUUGAAUCUGUCUUCGGAAGUGUAACUUGUCUUCCAGGUUGUUUCUCGAUCUAUCGAAUCAAAUCUCCAAAGGGACCCGAUGGAUAUUGGGUGCCCCUCUUAUCAAACCCUGACAUUGUCGAAAGAUAUUCGGACAAUGAUACCAGCACCCUGCAUAAAAAAAAUUUGCUGCUAUUAGGUGAAGAUAGAUAUUUGUCUUCUUUGAUGUUGAGAACUUUUCCUAAGCGUAAGCAGGUCUUCCUAUCUAAGGCUGCCUGUAAAACGAUUGUUCCUGCUCAACUAAAGGUGCUACUGUCGCAGCGAAGACGGUGGAUCAACUCCACAGUACACAACUUGAUGGAACUAGUUUUGAUUCAAGAUCUCUGCGGUAGCUUCUGCUUUUCGAUGCAAUUUGUCAUCGGAAUGGAACUUAUCGGGACUUUGGUUCUACCGCUUGCCAUCUGCUUCACCAUUUACGUCAUCAUUUUUGCCAUUGUGUCUCAUCCCACACCAAUUAUCACCUUGGUAUUGUUAGCGGUUAUCCUGGGUCUUCCUGGUCUAUUAAUCGUCGUAACAGCUACCAGAUGGUCAUACUUGGGUUGGAUGGCAAUCUACAUCAUUGCUUUACCAAUUUGGAAUUUCUUACUACCUGUUUAUGCCUUUUGGAAGUUCGAUGAUUUCAGUUGGGGUGAUACGAGAACGAUUGCUGGGGGAAAUAAAGCAAGUCAAGAAGAGGAGCUGGGAGAAUUCGAUCAUUCCAUGAUUAGAAUGAGAACUUGGAGAGAAUUCGAGAGAGAAGAGCGUCUGAAGGGUAAAGGUCAGGGGCAGCAUUCGAGACUUGGCUCUAUUUUGAAUCUCGACUAUAUUCCUGAUGGAUCGAAUCCGAACAGAGACGAUUCUUAA